ACAUAAUUUUCUGUUUAUUUAAAAAAAUCAAAAUAAUAUUAAAAUUUUAUGACUUUUUUUUUGCCAAAGAGGGUAAAGGAUCUCCCUCCAUUAGAGUCAGAUUCUGAAAAUGAUAAAACACCAGCUAAAAGGAAAACAGUUCCAAAUAUUUUAGAAGCUAAGGAUGCUACCAAAAAUUCAUUGUAAGUCAGUAACUUAUUAUAUACACACUUUUUUAUUCCAAUUUUUUUUAGCUGCCCCAAACGAGUAUCUGAAUUGUCAAUUUUAGAUUUUGAUUCGGAUGAUGAAAAAAGUCAGGACAAUUUAAAUUGUGCUAUCUUGAAUGAAUCGUUUUUGUUUAGUCCUGCAAGCGAUAAACAUUACAUGGAAGAUAAAUACUAUGGUAAAAAUAAGAAUAUACGAAGUUCAAAUGACAUUGAUACUGGUUAUGGAGAUUCUUUCUUAAUGAAUUUCAAUAAAUUAAGUGUGAAUGCAUCAAAAAAGAAAAACGAAAACAUACAAAACUUAAAACAAGGAAAAUCAUUAAUAGAAAAUGUUUUGGAAAAAGAAAUUUCUGAAAAAAAAAAUCAAAAUGAUUUUAAAACUUUUAAAAUUUGUAAUGAGGAUGAAAAUGUAAACGAAAUUAUAGCUAAGGCAAAUUCUCCAAAAAAAUCCAGUUCAAUAAAAAAUCAAAUUUUACGAACUAAAACUGAUACACAAAGGAUAAAUAAUGUGGAAGAAACUACACCUUUUAAAAUUGGCGAAAAAUCUGAUAUUGCAACACCUCAAAUUUCAUUUCAAAUGCAUCCUUUAAGGAAAAAUUUUUUGACAUCCACCGUACAAAAAAGUACUGCAAAUGAAUUCAAAUUACAAAAAGUAUUAUUUCAAACGCCGUACACAGCUUCUAGACCUGCGAUUUCAUCUUUGCCUGCAAAUAUUUCUCUCGAUUUUGAUGAAUCUGUCAAAUCGCGUAUUAUGGAAGAAAAAAGUCCUGAGAAAAAAGAUAUAACAUCCAAACCUAAUUUCACUACAGAUCAGACAGGAACGAAAAAGUUAGAAGAAGUUGGUACAGCUUCAAUGCAAUCGAAAAAUACCGAGGAGAUUAUUAUAAAUAAGAAACAAUACUUUAUAAUAAAAAAGUUAGGUUCUGGAGGUUCCAGCAACGUUUUUUCUGCUAAAAUGAAGGACACGAAUUCUUUAUGUGCUAUUAAGAUUGUCGAUUUAAGAACAGAAAAAGCUGUUGCUGAUGGUUAUCUCAAUGAAACACGUUUGCUUUCAAAGCUUCAGGGUAAUAUCAACGUUGUUAAUUUAUACGAGUAUGAGCAUCUUCCUAAAGAAUGUAAACUUUAUAUGGUGAUGGAAAAGGGAGACUCAGAUUUGCACAAAACUCUUCAAAGUUAUGAAACCCAUUUACCCUUAUAUGUUUUAGUUAAUUAUUGGUACCAGAUGCUUCAAUCUGUCAAUUAUAUUCAUGAAAAUGGUAUUAUUCAUUCCGAUCUGAAACCAGCGAAUUUCUUAGUAGUUAAUGGAAGAUUAAAAUUGAUUGAUUUCGGAAUUGCCAGUAAUAUUGCAAUAGAUUCUACUAGCAUUAUAAAAUUUUCACAAGCAGGAACAUAUAAUUAUAUUAGUCCUGAGGCUUUAAUUGACAUAUCAUCAGAUAAUAGCCCUUCGAAAAACGAUCAACCAAAAAUUAAGAUUUCUACAAAAUCAGAUGUUUGGUCAUUGGGAUGUAUUUUAUAUCUUAUGUUAUACAAAGAAACACCAUUUGGUCGUAUAAAAAAUAUAUUCACGAAGGUGAAUGCUAUAACAAAUCCUAAAACUGUGAUAGAAUAUCCUGAACUGCCAAUGUAUUAUCCUGCUAUGCUAAAUAAUAUGGCAAAAAAAUGUUUAAUUCAUCACCCAAAAGAACGUAUUUCAGUGGCUGAAUUAUUAAAAUUUCCAUUCAAUAUGAUAAUCCAAUUAGAUAAAAAAAGUGAAUAGUAUUAAUUAAAACAAUAU